AUGGUUCGCGAUGUAUUGCCUGCGACUCAUCUCCCUCGCUUGUGGCAGGCGGAGAAGCGGCAGGGGGCGCUGAGGGAGGAGCAGGCAGGGCAGGCGAGGGCAGUGGCGCGCAUUCAGAGGCAGAUGGAGGAGCGCGUGUCGGAGCACACGCGGGUCACUCGCUGCAUUCAGGACUUACGUUCCCUCCUCUCCCUCUUUCGCACCUUCCAAGACAUCACACUGGAUUCCUCCCUCAAGGGUGCUUCCUUCGCUCGGCGCCUCACGGACACUGCACAACGUCUCAAUGAUCGUGGCAUCCUGAUCUCCGACACCCUCCUCACAGCACGCAUCCUUGACUGCCUCCCACCCACCUACGACACUUACCGCAUCAAUUUCACCUCCCAGCACAUCCGUCCUCCUCCUGUGGCUGAACAAACACCGGCGGAAGCAGCGGGGGCGGACCAGGACGUGGCUCGGGCGGUGGUGGAAGAGGAGGCGGUCGCGGAGGUGGACGAGGAGGGCGCACUGGGGAACGUGGCGGGCGUGGGGCAACCACUUCAACCACGGGUGGGCUCCCUCCGUGCCAGUAUGUCAUUCGCCAAGGCCCUAACAAAGGUCAGACCUUCAACAAGACCACCCAUCCCACUGAUACGUGCUUCAAAGCUCUCACCGACGAAUGGCUUGCACGCGGCAACACGGGCCCUCCUCCACGCUGGAGCACCAUCACCCCUCGCCCCACCCCUCAUGACAUUCGCACCCUCCCCGCCUAUGCACCAUCUCCCCCCAACCUCCAUAAUGUCCUCGCCCAACACCUCUCCCCUCACGUCCUCCAGCAAGUCCAACACCUCCUCCCCACACCCACCACCACCCCAACGCCUCCCACCUUCACCACACCCACCCUCGCACCUCAAACCCCUCCCUCCCCCUAUCCUCCUCUCUCCCCUUAUCCUCCUCCUUACGCUGGCUGGACCUACCCUCCCUACCCCCCAUCUCUGUAUGGCCAUGGGACAGCUGCAACUGCUGCACCUGCUGAACUACCCACCUCCCCCUCUCACCCCCCCGGCUUCACACCGUUUCCUUCCACGGGUUUCAUAG